UGAACAGAUCGUGGGCUAGAGAGAGCAGCAGCCUGGGCCCACGGACAAAAAGAGAGGGGAAAAAACCCAUCACGGACACGGAUUUACAUUCGCUACAUAUCGUUCCAUUAAUCUUAGUCUGCAAAGAGUGCUUUUGUUCCUGCCGUUCUAAAGCCCGAUCUGUCAGGAGUUACACCAAGUGGGACUCGAUGAAAGAUGACAGAGGAGGUGAUUGUGAUAGCCAAGUGGGACUACACAGCUCAGCAAGAUCAGGAACUGGACAUCCGGAAGAACGAGCGCCUGUGGCUGUUGGAUGACUCCAAGACCUGGUGGAGAGUUCGCAACGCGUCCAACCGCACUGGCUACGUCCCCUCCAAUUACGUGGAGCGCAAGAACAGUCUGAAGAAAACGUCACUAGUGAAGAACUUAAAGGACACUCUCGGCCUGGGAAAGACAAAAAGGAAGACUAGUGCCCGUGAUCCCUCUCCCACACCCAGCACAGAGGCAGAGUACCCGUCUAAUGGAAGCGCAGGAGGAGGUGGAAGUGGCGGAGUUGAAAGGAUCUAUGACCUGAACAUUCCCGCACUAGUGAAGUUCUCUUACACAGCAGAGCGGGAAGAUGAACUCAACCUCAUUAAAGGGGAGAGGGUGGUCGUCAUGGAGAAGUGCAGUGAUGGCUGGUGGAGAGGUAGCCAUGCCGGCCAUGUUGGUUGGUUCCCAUCCAACUAUGUCCAAGAAGAGGUGGGAUUUGCAGACCAUGAUGGGGUCUUCAGGGACACGUUGGGGGGCUUUCGAUCCUUGAGGGUGGGGCAAGGGACUGCGAUGGCAAAUGGCCGGCCAGGGGGCUCAGGAAGCUCUGUUCUCCAUGUAGUCCAAACUCUGUACCCCUUCAGCUCAGUUACAGAGGAAGAGCUGAACUUUGAAAAGGGUGAGACUAUGGAGGUUUUGGAGAAGCCGGAGAACGACCCAGAGUGGUGGAGGUGUAAAAACAGUCACGGCAUAGUCGGCCUUGUGCCCAAGAACUAUGUGGUGGUGCUAAGUGAUGGGCCUGCAGGGAAGAGCCUAGAGUCAAGUCAUGGUUCACUUCACAUCAGUCACACAGGGCCCUCACAUACAGGCAAAUUUGCAGGAAAGGAUUGGUACUAUGGUAGUGUGACACGGCACCAAGCAGAGUGUGCACUUAAUGAGAGAGGAAUGGAGGGGGACUUUCUGAUACGAGACAGCGAGUCAUCACCUAGUGAUUUCUCAAUUUCUCUGAAGGCAGUGGGAAAGAACAAGCACUUCAAGGUGCAGCUGCAGGAUGGAGUGUAUUGCAUUGGUCAGCGGCGGUUUAGCAGUAUAAAUGAGCUGGUAGAGCACUACAAGAAAGCACCCAUCUUCACAAGUGAGCAAGGAGACAAACUCUACCUGGUCAAGCCUCUCGCCUGAACUCAGCGAUUGUUCAACAUUUGUUACCUCUCUCCUCUACACCUGUUUUUUUUCCCCUAUCCAUUUUCUCUUUUUCUGCGUGCUCUGCCUGUCUCGUUAUUGGGGCUCCACUGAAGCCUUGAGUGACAGAGAAGAUGGAAGCUCCUUUUCUGAGAACGUCAAGGAUUCUUGAACGUUUUCGAGAGCCCUAUGUUGCCUCCAGUCUUAUAGAGAGCAGUAUCAAUUUAUCGCUCUUUUAAACAGAGAUAUAUUACUGGCUAACUGAUACCUGUAUGUCAUGUUUUUUAUACAGGUUUUAUAUAGGUUUUUGGUACAGAAUAUAAUGCCAUCUUCACUAAGCAACAUCUGUACCACUCCUGUUGUUGGUAAAACAGUGUUAAUCAAUCACCUUAAUCCACAUUAUACUGGUAUACAUUUUUAACUUUUCUGCUGACAAAAAGAGCCCAAAUGGCAAGUUAUCCAAUUUUAGAGGCUGGUCAUAUUUGUAACUCUUGUACUAAGUUAGCAGUGGAGAAUAGAGUCAUGUGCAUGUAUUACUCUUGAUCCUUUAGAGAAAGAGACCAUGUGGAAAAUGAGUGUGAUUUUGCUCCCAGUAGAUGGGAUGUCUCCAUUCAGAGAGUUUGACUAAAGGCCACUCAACUUCUCCAUGUACGUCCAACACAUAACAUGAUCUGAAUCGUUUCAAACUUAUAGAUCAGAUUAAUUUUAUCAGGUUUCACCCUGAAAUAAAGCUGUGGUCUCCCAUCCUAUGAGCCUUUAUACAGACUGUUUUUGCAUCUAAAAGUUUGCCCAGCAUACUGUUUGGACUUCUCUGCUUUCACAUUGUGGACAUACAGCUUUCCAGGUAUUUAUCUUGGAUCCUUCAGGGAUUCUUCAAAAUCAGGGUGCUUCAUAAAGGGAGAUGAAUGCCUCAGAAUAUAGGGGAGCUAAUAGAGGGAUAAUAGCUUUUAAGAAAAAGUAGUUUAUGUAGCCCAGGAGAGAGUAUGAAUGUUUGUCCGUUCAACCAAAUGUGCCACCCACUUCCAGUUCUGCUACUAUUGAUGUCUUAUUGCACCUCACCAAAAUGCAUAUUCUCUGCUUUCAGUAACACACAUAGUUGAUUGAGAACACUAAUUCAUGUGUAAAAAAGCAAAAAUAUGAUUUCAUUUUCUUCACUUUUGUCAUAUUACUCUAUUUGCCAAUAAAAAUGUUGGUCAAGGGUUUUCAGCUUAUUUUUAAUUUUUUUAGUGUGUCUGAAUGUUAUUGAGCAAUGUUAUUUAAUUCCUCUUUCCACUGUGUACUGUACACACACACACAUUCCGAACAAGUUGUGACUAUGAAAAAUGCUAAUAAAAAAAAUGUGUGAAUUGUAAUUUAUAAUCGCCCAUUAUAUGAUGUUUUACCUUAUGAAUUUCAUUGUUUUUUUAUGUAUAGUAUUUUCAAAUCAGCUGGUUGCAACAUGCUCCACAAAAGUUGGGACAGUCGAGUGUUUUCCAGUGUGAAACAUCACCAUUUCUUCUAAUAACACUUAUCAAGCAUUUGGGCACUGAAGACACGAGUUUAAGUUUUGAAAGUGGAAUUUUCCCCCAUUCAUUUAUUAUCUUGGUCUUUAGCUGCACAAUUGUACAGGGUCUUCCUUUCCUUCCUAUGGUGUGCUUCAUAAUGCAUCACAUUCUCAACUGGAGACAGGACAGGACUGCAGGCAUGCCAAUCUAGCGCCCACACUCUCCGCUACACAGCCAUGCACUUGAACAGAAUGUGGUUUGAAGUUGUCCUGCUGAAAAAUGCUGGGACAUCCCUGGAAAAGAUGUGCUGGAUGGCAGUACAUGCUGGUCCAAAAUUUGUACAUAUCUGUCUGCAUUCAUGGUGCCCUCACAGAUGUUACCAUGCCAUGGGCACUGUCACACCCCUGGUCCAUACAGACACUGGCUUUUGGACCUGAUGCUGAUAACAGCUUGGAUGAUCCUUUUCCUCUUUGGCACAGAUAACAGACAGCUGUUUUGAAAAAAAAUUUUUUGGAAAUGUGGACUCGUCAGACCAAAAAACACGGUUCCACUGUACUACUUUCCAUCUAAGAUGAGACUGAGCCCAGAGAAGUCGGCGGUGCUUGUAGACAGUGUUGAUGUAGGGCUUCUGCUUUGCAUAGUAAAGUCUUAACUUACAUCUGUGGAUGCAGCGGUGAGUGUUGUUGACUAACAAAGGUUUACUAAAGUAAUCCCAAACCCAUGUUCAUGAUAUCCAUUACAGAUGAAUGAAGAUUUUUAAGACUGUGACGUCUGAGGGGUCAGAGAUCAUUUGCAUUCAGAAGUAGUUUUCGUCUUGCCCUUUAUGCACAGAGAUUUGACCAGAUUGCUUGCAUCUUUUAACUAUAUUGUGUACUGUAGAGGAUGAAAUGCCCAAAAUCCUUCCAAUUUGUCUUUGGAUAACAUUGUUCUCAAAGUGCUGGAUUAUUUGCUUAAGCAUCUGUUGGCAAAUUGACAAGUCUUAAACAAUCCUUGCUCUUGAAGGACUAGGCUGUUUUUGGAGGCUCCUUAUACUGUAUACAGUACUAUGACACAGUUAUCUCACCAGUUUAACGUCUCCUGCUUCACAUCACCUUGUUAUUUCAACUCGUCAAAUUGUUAUUAGUUUUAAAUUUCCCCUGGCUCAACUUUUUUGGAGCGUGGUUCAAUCAUCUGAUUUGAAAUUACUGUACAUUUUCAAAAAGAAAAGCAUUAAAAGGUCAAACAUCAUAUUAUGUAUAGUUGUGGUACUUUUAAUAUAGCAAUGGGUGAAUAUUAUUUACAAAUCACUCCUUUUGUUUUUAUUAGCAUUUUUCAUACUGUCACAACUUUUUCAGAAUUGGGGUUGUGUAUAUAUAUAUAUUAAAAGAAGAUAUGGUGCAUAUAUGAAUCGUUUUGAUCCAGCAUUAUAGUAAUGUAUUGAAAACAGUGUGGUGAGAAUUGAAAUACU